AUGGUGAUGCGUAACACCGUCUUCAUUGCCCUAGGAGUCUCCGGCCAACCCGAAUAUCCAGCCUAUCUGUGGGCUAAAUCUCUCAUUGCCCUCACCACCUUCAUCUCUAGCAACAUUCUCUUCAUCCACGUCUCACGAAUGCUACGUCCCCGCCGCCGCUCAACUUUCAUUCUUUCCUUCGGCAUACAAACGGCCGCCAUCUUCGCCGCUGCCAUCCUCGUCCAGCUGAAAGUUGUCGAUCCCAGGCCUGAAGACCCCCGCUCCCCAAUCGAAUGGAUGCAAAUUCUGCCCAUCUCGCUACUUGCCUUCCAAGCCGGUGGACAGAUCUGCGCCUCGCGCAUCCUAGCCCUCGACGAGAUCCCUACUGUCGUGCUGACAACCCUCCUGUGCGACCUGCUGGUGGACCCCAAGUUAUGUUCCCGUGGGUGGCGAUCGAAUCCCAGGCGUAACCGUCGGGUUGGAGCCUUCCUGGCUCUCUUUCUGGGGGCCAUGACAGCCGGUGGGUUGUCCAAGGUGACUGAAAUGGCGGCUAGUUUGUGGUUGGCGAUGGGGUUGAAGUUUGUCAUCACCGUUGGAUGGGUGGUUUGGAAGGCGGAUAGGACGAAGAAAGAGGAUGUGGAGGGAUAA